AUGGCUUUCUUCCCUCGCAACUUCUACAACACCCCCUCCGACGCUUCCUUCACCCCUCUCUUCCGCCUUCUCGAGGACUUUGACAACUACUCCCGCACCGGCGGUUCGGGCAGCAACGGCGGCGCCCGCGGCACCCACCGCAACCACGUUCCCAACUUCCAGCCGAAGUUCGAUGUUCGCGAAGUUGAGGACGCGUACGAGCUGUAUGGCGAGCUCCCGGGCAUGAACAAGAACGAUGUCUCAAUCGAGUUUACCGACCCUCACACCCUCCACAUCCGCGGCCGUGUCGAGAGAUCGUACACCGCCGGCACUCCGCCCGCGGGAUUCCUCCAGGGCAACGGUACCGAGAUGAGCGGCGCCAUCACUGAAGGCAAUGAGAAGUCCCGUCAGCCCACCGUCGAAGACGAGAAUGAGCAAGACGGUAACAAGAACAACUCCGUCGAGAAGUCCGGCAAGAAGGAGCCGGUCGACAACGCCAAGUACUGGGUCUCGGAGCGCAGUGUCGGCGAGUUCAGCCGCGUCUUCAACUUCCCCGGCCAGAUUUCGCAGGACUCCGUCUCGGCGAGCUUCAAGGACGGCAUCCUCUCGAUUCGCGUCCCCAAGGCGCCCAAGCAUGAGACCCGCCGCAUCCAAGUCAACUAA